AUGCAUCGUUUAUCAUUCGCCGCGCUCUUGGUUCUGGCAUUGAGCACAUCCACUACCUGGGCUGCUCCCACAUCCAUGAUAUCAGAUGGAUGUGUACACCAUCUUGCUGAUGGUCAAAGCCCCAGUCAUUCAUCAAAUACCUACAGCUUUAAACUACGAUGCAACAACAACAACAAUGCGAUGAUGGUGCAAUCAUUUAAUAAACACAAUGCCUUCCGACAACCUGGGUGUGCUGGCGGACCGGAUAACUGUUCUCGGGCUCCUAUAGCCAAGCGACAGCUAGUCGUGCCCAGUCAACCGAAUGAACCUCAGCAGCAGCUGCAGCCGCAACAAAAAGUGCAACCGUCUCAGCAACAAAAGCCUCAGCAACAACAGCAACCGGAAAAUCAAGAUGAUCAAAUAUACAUGCUUUCACCACCUCCUCCACCAGCUGCUGAACAACAACAACAACAACAACAACAAAAAGAAGCUCCAAAAACAAAUCAGCCAGCUGCCGCUGCUUCGGAACAGACAACAACGCAACAAAAUGACAAUCCGUCAUCUGUUCCUAAACAGUUACCACAAGCACAAGUGAAGCCGCCUACAGCUCCUGCUGAAAAUGUCAAACAGAAUGCACCAACAACACAAGGACAAGGACAGCAGCGACAAGAUGGCGAUGAUCAUCAUUCUGGAGCUCCUCACACCGAUAAUGGCAAUCAGCAGGGCACGCUUGUGCAGCCAGUGACUAUCGAUCGUGCCAACGACGGCGGCAACGGCAAUAAUGUUGCUGCAAUACCUCAUCCCGCCGAAGAUGUGCCUCCCGCAGAAAAGCCUCCUAGUCAAACUACUACUACUAUUACUACUACUACUACUACUACUACUACUACUACAAGCAGUACCGAGGCUCCUGUCCCUACCACCACCGCCACCCCUGCCGCAACUACCACCACCACCUCUACGACUACGACCACGACUAAUAUCAUGACGACGACGACAACGACAACAACUGUUAAGCCAACGCCAACAGCAACAACCAGUGGUAACAAAAAAAAAGUUAAAAUGCAGCCGGUCAUGGAACCCAAAUCCGCGCCUACAUCACACGAAUACAAGGACGGGCUGACUGUCGCUUUGGAAAGCAAGGACAACUUUUGCUUGAUUUUGCCCAGCUCACCCGGUAACAAGGACGCCAACGGGGGUCAAUACGAUGAUGACGCUAUUGGUAACUCUGAAAAAAACGCACGUGCCUUUUGUACCAGCGAUGGAUUAGCACCAGGCGCCAAAAAGAUGCCAGAUGGUUUUGUUCAGUCAGCAGAUUUCAAAGCGAUGGAUAACUAUGUGCAAGUAACUGGAACGAUCAACAAUGCCGCGUAUCAUUUGUCAGAUGAAGAUGGUGGUGGCCAGUAUGAUGAUCAUGGCUCGGGAUCACCUCCUGAGUCCCAUUGCAAAAACUACCCAUACUAUGUAUCCCUGAUAGAACCUAAUCUAAGCCGGUUUUGUAUUCGAUGCUGCUUAUCGUACGACGAUUGCAAUGCCGGACGUAGUGAAUAUGGAUGCGAUUCUGUCUUGCGUGAAUAA